UAUGCAUAUCCAUGAUAGAGCAAGGCGUUGUUAGCAAACGGUUAACUUCUGCCGUUUAGUUGCCGAGGUUCGUGUGUCGGCAAAUUAAAAGGAAGUAGUCUUUGUAUUUAACAUGGGUCCAAGAAAAGACUGUCUUUAUGUUGAGCUGUAGUUGAUAACUGCCGAAUUAUUUUGUUUUGGCUCAUAGACGGCGUUAAUUGGAAUACAAAGCUUGUUUUGUCGUGGCUAAACUUUGCUAGCUCCAAAGCUAGCCUGAUUGAAUGUGUUACGUCCACCGGAGAACCCUCUGGACUUGGAGGAAGGAAGGAAGGAAACUGAUAAGUAGGAUAACUGCGCACCUAUGCUUCUGCAAAGCUAGAACUCUUUAGGACUCUUGAGUUAACACCGUGACGCAUUUAGAAAAGGUGACUAUCUGUAGACUUCGCGUGAUAUUUGACACUGUUUGGUUAAUGAGAUAUGCUGUUAGUUGGCAUAGCUAGCUGCUAGCGCCACGUCUCUGGGCUAGCUGUACAGCAGACGAGAGCUAUCCUGUUAGCCACAAACUUCCAAAGAAGUUGUGUAAGUCAGAUUUUUCUUUCUGGUUGAGUUGGUCAAGGAGCUGAACGGUGAUUAAAGCAUUUCACGGUCAGACUCUUUAACUCUGAUCUGCUGUACCACCGGGACAACCGGAGAAACUUAUGGCAUCGGAUGUGAUUGAGAGUGAAGCGGUGCUGAAGGGUGUAAGUGAUAUGAAUUUGAACAAUAGCAGCCCAGAUACUGUCACACCCAGGAGGACUCUUGAGGAUUUGAGAAACAGACAGACUUCCAGCCCGUCAUCAUCCGGUGUAUCGGGAGAAGGCGAUGACGAGGAAACAGACGAAUUGCAAAAUAGCACAGCUUCUGCUGCAGAAAAGGGCGAAGAGGAGUUUCAAGACAGUCUAACCAAAACAAGCGGUACGCCACAAGAAAGGAAGACUCCAGACAAUGUGCAGAAGCAACGAGGAAAAAGCUCUACCCCGGUGAGCGUUCCCCAGCCACGCUCACCAGCUGGAGACACUGGAAGCCUUGAACGUCAAGAGUCAGUUGCCACAACAGAAGCCCGCCUCAGAAUGGAAGGAGUUGAACUUAAGGAAGAGUGGCAGGAUGAGGACUUUCCACGGCCUCUCCCAGAGGAAGAGGAGCUUGAAGAUGAGCUUUUUGCAGAAGCUUCUGAGGCAGGAAACUCUGGCUACGCAGUGAACAGUGGCAAGAAGACUAAGAAAAAACUUGCAGCUCCAGACAUCAGUCUCACUCUUGACCGCAGUGAAGGUUCUCUUCUCUCUGACGAGCUGGAUGAAAGCACAGAGCUAGACCUCAGUGACAUGGACACGCCCUCGGACAACAGCAAUGAAUUUGAAUGGGAAGAUGAUCUUCCUAAGCCAAAACCCACAGAACUACUACAGAAAGGCGUGGAGUCAGUUCACGAGUAUUCGGCCUCAGAGGAGAGGGAAGACAGUCGACGCUGGAAGAUGCUUCGUAUUGGAGACCAGGAACACAGAGUGGACAUGAAGGCCAUUGAACCUUACAAGAAAGUCAUCAGCCAUGGAGGUUACUAUGGAGACGGUUUGAAUGCCGUAAUUGUGUUUGCUGUGUGCUUUAUGCCGGAGAGCAAUCAGCCAAAUUACAGAUACAUCAUGGAGAAUUUAUUCAAGUACGUCAUUGGCACACUGGAGCUUUUGGUUGCUGAGAACUAUAUGAUUGUGUAUUUAAACGGGGCGACCUCUCGUAAGAAGAUGCCAACUGUUGGCUGGCUUAGAAAGUGCUAUCAGCAGAUUGAUAGGAGGCUACGGAAGAACCUGAAAUCCUUGAUAAUCGUACACCCCUCUUGGUUUAUUCGCACCCUGCUGGCACUCACCAAACCUUUCAUAAGCUCCAAAUUUAGUCAGAAAAUCAAGUACGUGUACAGCUUGUCAGACCUUGCUGACCUGGUUCCAAUGGAGUAUGUGUCCAUACCAGAUUGUAUCAAACAGUUUGACGAGGAAAAAAAUAGGAAAAGCCGUAAAAGGUAUAUGCACUUUCACCCAGGGUCAGCUUCCGCAUCUUCUGCAUUUCAUAAAACUAACAGAGAAAUGAUGAGUUUGCUUUCAGAAAUGCACCAAGACACCUAACUUUCUUUCAUUUUCAUAGUUGGAUGAUUUCCAGUUACUGCUUAUCCCGAAAUCAGCAGCUUUCCUCUUCAACGCCCCACAUGUUCAUCUGAUUUGAUUCAGGAUUUACCUUCCUAAUUAACAGAUUGAGAGUCCAUUUUUUGGUCUCCAAAAAAUAGGUGACUUGGUGAUUAUUUAACCAGCUAAAUAGAUUUUCUGAGCCACUUUUGUGAAGAUCAUCCCCAAAAAACUAUUGCAUUUACAUUUAUUACCUCAAAGUAAAUCAGCUACCUUAAAAUUGUAUUCUGCACUUUAUAGUUUUGUUUGUUUGUUUUUAAGCCGCAGAGCGUGCUUGCUCACAGCUCAUACUUGCUGUCACAAGUCAUAACUCUACAAGCUACAUGAAGAUAAGGUUUCAAGGAAGCUGAAUGUGUUGCUGCUUGUUUAGGUAAAAAAAGCCAGGGCAUUAAGUUGCACUUACUUGCAUUUAUCUUGUGAAAAACAGGCUCUUAUUUUGAGGAGGUUGGUGUUUGGCAAGUUUGUUCGUGUGUACAAAUGAAUGGGGUCAAGUAAGGAAGUAGCUCGCCUUAGUCACUGUGGUUUUUGGUGGCACUUCAGCCGUGUCCUCACAUGGUUUAGUAACUGGCUCUCACUGAACACACGGUUUGUUCAUUCUCACAGCUCUUUGCAUGACUCACUGCUUACCCGCUGCCCGCUGAUUUUUGGUAAUUGCCACCUCUUUCAGUUUUAAUAUUCUGCUUAUUGUUGAUUCAGUAAUGACCACUCAGGAAGAAAUGGUAUUCAACGAGACAAAGGCUUUUCUGGCAAUAUUUAAUGUAUUUUUACUGCUAAAGUAGAAGCCAAAGUAGAAAUUUUUCACUUUUCAAUGGAAACAGGAAACUUUUAACGAUACAGUUGGUACUGAUCUUUGUACUGAUCAGACAUUUUAAGAAGUUGCAUGUAUACAAAUGAUAUAUACAUGUGUAUAUACAAUAUAUACAAAUUGGGAUUUGUAUAUAUUUUAGCAUUUUAAUCUUUUGGUUUUAUUGGGCAAACUGGUCUAGUGAGUCUGAUCAUUUUUAUACAUUCCAGUGUAUAGAAAUAAUCCUGACACCAAAAAAUCCCAUUUUGAUGGUGUUACAGAUUUUGUACAGUUUUAAUAACCACUAAACUUGU